AUGGUUCAGAAGGUGGCAGUGAUCGGUGCAGGACCUUCAGGUCUGACCAGCAUCAAGGCCUGUUUGGAUGAAGGCCUGGAGCCGACGUGUUUCGAGAGCAGCCAUGACAUCGGAGGACUAUGGAGAUUUAAGGAGAAGCCAGAGCCUGGCCGAGCCAACAUCUAUCAGUCGGUGGUCAUCAACAGCUCCAAAGAGAUGAUGUCGUUCAGUGACUUCCCUCCUCCUGCUGAGCUCCCCAACAACAUGCACCACUCUGAGGUGCUGCUGUAUCUGCGCCUCUAUGUGCAGGAGUUCAAGCUGCUGCAACACAUACGCUUCCAGACCAGCGUGCUCAGUGUGGAGCAGAGCCCAGACUUCGCUGUGACAGGCCGGUGGGAGGUGGAGACGGAGAGCGGAGAUGGCCGGAGGGAGACUCGUGUUUUUGACGCAGUGAUAGUUUCCACAGGACACUUCACCAAGCCUCACCUGCCACUCAGGGACUUCACAGGUAUUGAGAGCUUUGAAGGCAGAUAUUUCCACUCCUGGGAAUACCGCAGUGCUGAGGGGAUGCAGGGGAAAAGAGUGCUGGUGAUUGGGAUUGGAAAUUCUGGAGGUGAUAUUGCUGUGGAUAUCAGCCGAGUUGCUGAGAAGGUGUACCUUAGCACGAGGAGCGGUGCGUGGGUUGUCAGCCGUGUAGGACAGGAGGGAUUUCCUGCCGACCUUGUUGGGACUUCUCGAAUGCAUUUGAUGAUACGGAAGCUCUUCCCCUCGUGGAUCAACAGUAUCCUGGAGAAGAAGCUGAACGAAGCGUUUGACCACACACUAUACGGCCUGAAACCAAAACACGGAUUUUUUGCACAGAUUCCUGUUGUAAACGACGAGCUGCCGGCUCGGAUCCUCGCAGGUCGUGUUCAGGUGAAAUCAAACGUGAAGGAGUUCAGUGGGUCCAGUGUGGUCUUUGUUGAUGGGAGCGUCAUAAACAAGGUGGAUGUGGUGGUGUUUGCCACGGGCUACAACUACAGCUUCCCCUUCCUGCCCUCAGCCCUGCAGGCUAAAUCGGGUUACAGGCUGCGUCUCUACAAACACGUGUUCCCUCCCGGACUCACCCAGCCGACGCUGGCGGUGGUGGGCUUCAUCCACGCCUUGGGGGCUAUCAAUGCACUGGCUGAGAUGCAGGCCCGCUGGGCAACUAGAGUUUUUAAAGGUUUAUCAACCCUCCCCUCAGAGGAGACUAUAGUGAAGGAAAUUCAGCAAGACACCACAACAAUGCACCAGAGAUAUGCCUGCUCCGAGCGGAACCCCCUGCAGGUGGAGAACAUAGCUUACCUGGACUCUCUGGCAGAGCAGGUAGGGGCCUGUCCAAGCAUACCGUGGCUCAUGAUGAAGGACCCCAGACUGGCUCUGCAGGUUUUGCUGGGUCCAUGUACUCCAUAUCAGUACCGUCUGACUGGACCGGGCCGGUGGGCUGGUGCCCGUCAAGCCAUUCUCACUCAGUGGGAGCGUGUGAUUCAACCCUUCAGGACCAGAGUGGUACCACAACCAGAGCCCAGACCCUCCUCCAGACUGAGCAUCGUAGUGAUUUUCUCAGGUGUUACAAUGUUGUGCUGCUUCUGCUUUAAAAAGCCUCUCUGCUUCUUCUCCUCUGCUCAGUGA